UUCUACUUUCUUAUUUUCUUUUAUGGACAUAUUCAGUAUAACAAAAAAGAGUAAAAGAAAAGAAGUAGGCACUAGUCUGACACCUAGUUUACCGAGACAAGGCCCCAUACAAGGUGAAAAGAACUCUUUACCUCCUUCCAAUACAUGGGGUUACACUUCCAGAUCCUCAUCUAUUUCUAAUGAUGACACUCAUCGUAGUAGUAUCGAUACGCGCCCAAUUGAAUAUAAUGGAUUGGCAGAAGCAGAAGUCCAAGAUCUUUUUGAAAAAAUGCUGACAAGGAGAGGUAUCCAUGAUCCAGCAGCCCGAUCCGUCAUGUUAGGAUUCUCAACAGAAAAGAAAUGGUUGAUGGUAUCUCAAGAUAAACAGGUGGCUGCACCCGUUGCAACCCUCACCUCCAGUACUACCGCCACCAUUGAUAAUUCUAUAGCACUUGUACCCACCAACGAUAAAAAUUCUCCUGAUUUUUAUAUCGAAAAGUUUUUGGAAGCUGAUAUGAAGGGCGUCACGCCUCGUUUAAUUGCUCAUCUAGCUGUCAGUUUAAGAACGAUGCCCUUGAGUUGGGUUAGACAGUUUAUUGAAUCAAGUGGAUUACAAAUUAUCACAAACGUUAUUGGCACUUUGAAUAUAAGAGAUCAAAAGACUGAAGCGGACCUGCAGAUGGAGGUUGAAAUUUUGAAAUGCUUCAAAUCAUUGAUCAAUAACAGAUGGGGUGCUCGUGAAGUUAUCUCUCAUCCACAAUGUAUAUAUCAUAUCGUUCUAUCGCUUGUCUCACCACCGAUCCAGACAAGAAAACUCGUUUGUGAAAUCUUAGCAUUUGUGUGUCACGUUGAUUUACCAAAGGGGCAAGAGAUUGUACUCAAGGGACUGGACAAAUUAAGCGAACAUCUUGGCGAAUUUGGAAGAUUUGAUGCAUGGCUCAAAUUAUUAGAUGCGACAUUGGACGGUAGAGGAAGGAUGGGAAGUUUAGUAGGGGCAAGUGAGGAUGUCAAACGCAUGAUUGGCAGUGGGGCUCCAGAUAGUCAUCUUGGGGACUUUUGUUUGUCCAACAUGAUGCUGAUCAACUCAUUAGUCACUGUCAUCGAAGACGUAGAGGUACGUGUGCAUCUCAGAAAUCAAAUGAACGCUAGCAACCUAGACAAGAUCAUGGAUAAAAUGUUUGAUUUCAAUAACGAGCAAUUAAAACGACAUAUCAAUAUCUAUAAACAAAUGAGCGAAAAUGAUGUGGAUGAAAUUAUGGAGAUUUACAAUGAAACUAUCUUGACGAAUAUGAAUGAUCCUCGUGCUUGCUUUGAACGAAUCCUGGAAAGAGUAGAAGGUACACGUAGUUACAACUUCUUCUUGAGUUCGCUACAGCACAUGUUGAUGAUACAGGCACAGGGAGAUAUACAAGUCAGAUACUUUCAAAUCUUGGAUAAAUUAAUCACACAAGUCGUGAUGGAUAGAAAGGGCAUCAAAAACGAAGACAUGUCGAUGGGAUAUUCAGUAGGUAUGCUGAUUGAGAAAUUCGCCGAACAAGAUCAACUGGAUAAAUCAGCACAAGAAGCCAAGGAAUCAAGACAGCUUUUGGAAAAGACGAUUAAAGAAAAACUGGAAUUAGAAACAGAAGUGAGUCUCAAGGGAGAUGGAUUAUUGAAAGACACUCAACAAGAAUAUGAAAUGAAUGUCACAGCGUUAGAUCAGCAAUUAAAGGAUAUUUUAAACACGGCUGCCAAUGCCAAUAAAAAAGACGGCGUGGCCGUAGACGAUCAAAAUGGACAUUUUGUUUUGGGUAGAGAAGAAGUGACAAGAGCGUACGAUCGUUUAAAGGCUCAAGCCAUCUUGGAAGGAAAGCCUGGGGAUAAUGAAGAUGAUGGUGUCAUGCCAAGAGCAGAAGGGUUAUCAGACACAUUCAAGUCAUCUUUACAAGGACACUUGGGUGGCGGACCCACUGGUUUUAUAAUCCCAGGUACAGCACCUUUAAUGGGUUCCACACGUCGUAUACCUGUCGGAAGAAAGAACUGGUUGACGGAUGCCAAUGAACCCACCGAUGGUGUUAAGAUGAACAUCGAGUUCAAAGACCAAUUGACUCAACUGUUGAGUGAUCAAGGAACUAAUCCUACAGCAGAUCACUCUGACAAACCAAUUAGUGCGCUGGCUGCAGAAUUGGAACAGAAAUUAAGGCAGCAUAACAGUAAGCCUGAUCAAACCAACUUCCCCUCAGCUGGUGGUUUAGCAGCUCCCAGUCAAACUGAACAUAUUCCUCCUCCUCCUCGUACAAGCUCGGUGAUAGCACCAAAUCCUGCAAGGAAUACAGUUUCAAAUAUACCAGAGACUAUCAGAGAGAAUACAGACCUUCCACCUCUACCUACAGAGGCUACAUCAAAUAUACCUCCUCCUCCUCCACCACCACCACCACCAACAGGAAACAAUACAUUUGCCAUCCCAACUCCGCCACCACCACCACCGGCUUCAUCUGUUACUGGUACAGUAGCCCCUCCUCCUCCUCCUCCUCCGCCACCACCACCACCACCGCCACCAGGAUCUAUUUCAGUUACAGCUGGAGGCGCUCCUCCUCCUCCGCCACCGCCACCACCUCCUCCUCCAGCAGGCGUAAAGGGAGGCCCACCUCCACCACCUCCUCCCCCCGGUGCUCCACCCCCACCUGGAGCGCCAGCUGCUCCCUUAGGGCCACCACGUAAGAUGAUUCGUCAUCAACCUAACGUCAAGACACGUGCACUUCAAUGGACCAAGAUCCAAGCCAACUUUGUAGGUAAAACAAUUUGGGGGACCAAUGAUAUUGAUGAAUUGGCACUAGAAGAUGAAUUGGACACGAUGGGUAUUUUUGAUUCGAUCGAGUCAUUAUUUGCACAAAAAGUGAUUGAACGAAAGAAGCGUAUGAUGAAGGAAAAGAAGCAAGAAAUUUGUAUUUUAGAUCCUAAAAAGGCAUACAAUAUAAAUAUUGCAUUACUCUCCAAGUUGAAGCAUUUGGCGUUGGAUCAAGUUUCCAAGGCAUUUUUGGCUGUGGAUGAUAGUAUUAUUACAGAGAAUUUGUUGAGCAAUUUACAAGUCAAUGUGCCGACUCCUGAAGAACAAGGAAAGUUAUCCGUUUUUGUUAAGUCGGCGUCUGACGAGGAUCUGGAGCAAUUAUCUAAGCCAGAUGCGUUCUGUGUCGAGAUGAUGAAAAUCGAUCGAUACAAGGAAAGAGUAGAUAAUAUGUUGUUCCGUGCUACAUUUGAAGAGAAGCAUCAGCAACUUUCAAGAAAUAUGAGUUCUGUGUUGGAAGCUUCUAUUGCUAUUAAAGAUUCUGCGUCUUUCCAAGAACUUCUUAAGUUCAUCCUUGUAUUGGGUAACUUUAUGAACGGAACAACGUUCCAAGGCGGAGCAUUUGGUAUUCGUAUUUCCAGUAUCAACAAAUUAGUAGAUACUAAGGGCACAGAGGGAAACACAACCUUACUCCAUUUCUUGGUUGAUUCUAUUGAAUCCAAGUUCCCACGUUUGCACGGAUUCUUGGAUGAUCUUCAAGAAAUGACUUUGCAAGAUAUGGUCAAGGAUUAUAACGAAAUUCGUGUUGGUUUACAAAAACUUAUCCAAGAGUUGGACAACCAUUAUGACGAAGAUACUGAAACCCCUGAUGGAGAUAAUUAUGCUCAAGUUAUGAGGAAUUUCAGAAAUGAUGCUAUUGAAAAGUUCGAAGAGUUGGAAGUCAGAUAUACCUCCAUGGAUGUAGCCUAUAGAGAUGUUGUUGGAUAUUAUGGUGAGAAUCCUGAUCAAAUGAAGCCAGAUGAGUUCUUUGGUAUCUUUAAAACAUUCACAUCGAGUUGGGAGCGUGCGAUGAGUGAUAAUGUUACAGCGCGAAAGAAGCUUGAAAAUAAGGAAAAGGCUAGACGUGCUGACGAGGAAAGAAAGGAAAAGAUGAAAGCACAACGACUUCGUGGUGUUGAUACAAGUGAUGCAAAUCAAUCUGGCACAGAUGAAGAUAAAAACAUCAUGGACAACUUACUGGACAAGUUACGUGCAGGAGAAUUAGAUACCAGUGCAAAACGAUCUAGGCACGAGAGAUCGAAUACUAGUAGAGAAAAGAGAAUACAAAAGAGUGAAUCUGUGGUACUUUUAGCUGAAGAUUUAUUAAAGAGCAUCCAACUGGAGGAUGGACCCAGCACGCCUUCUGCGCCUAGAAGCAAUCGUUUGGGUGCAAGAAGAAACAACAUGCCACAACCAGUGUUUCGUGUUUAA